AUGAGAAGAGGGAGGAAGGGAAGUAGGAGGCGACUGAACAGGCCAUACAGACAGAAAGGCGCAUCGAGGAAGACAACUAUGUCAAGGUUCCUUACAGUUAACUGACAGUGUUAAAUAGGGAGAGUGGUAUGACAGGGAUUUGAGCAACAGAGGUAUGGUAUACUGUAGAUCAGAUGGAUCCAAAAUGACGCAUCUCAGUGUAGCUGACGACUGAGCUGGUCUGGGGAUUGGAUUGGGAACAACUCGGCCUGAACUCGACCUCCGGUUUAGAACCAGUCUCAUUGACCACCUGACAGAUCAUCAGCGACCUACGACCUAACGCUCUGUUGGGAAUCUACACAAAUCGUGCCGACAGCGAUGGAGGUGUCUAUGCAGCUGUAUGCGUUGCUGCUGAGUGGAGCGGUCCUCCUGUCACUCGUCCUGUUGACUGGCCUGUGUCUUCGCUGCAGAAGACACAACCUGCCUACAUCCAUUCAGCAGCGUUACAGUGAGGAUUACACUCAGCAAUAUCCGUGCGAGGUAUCAACUUCUACCAACGCUCUAAUUUCUUCCCCACUCAGCACACCAGGAUUCGGCUUGGCCCACCCACCAUACAACCCCUCUUCAGCCACAAUCUGGGGUGCUCCCCCUUCCAGCCUCCUUUCACCCAUUUCACCACAGAUCGUUCUGAGACCGAACUCUGUCACCCCAACUGAAAAUGAGAGUAAUGACGGCUAUGAGAGUCCAGGAGAAGAGUAUGUGAACGAGGUGAUGGAUGACUAUGAACCAGGAUCAGGCUACCUAAUAGUGUUACCAUCAGAUCUUCCUGGGACUGAGUCUCUGCGUCAUUCCAACCAAUGUCUCAUCUCCAAAAGCUCCCAAAGCACAGAAAACAGUGGCGCGGUUGGCAAUAUGAAAAUCAAUAUGAACGUCGACGUGGAAAAGAGUGAUGACAGUGAUGAUGGCAGCAACGACUAUGUCAAUACUAAAGGAAGCAAUGAUGCAGAGGUCAAUGUCGACGUGGGAAAGAGUGAUGACAGUGAUGAAGGCAGCAAUGACUAUGUCAAUACUAAAGAAAAUGGUGGCGCAGAGGGCAAUAUGAAUGUCGUUGUGGAAAAGAGCGAUGACAGUGAUGACGAAGGCAACGACUAUGUCAAUACUAAAGACAUGUGAAGCCUCCCCAUCACGAAGCAGAUUCUGACGGGGAGGGAAUUGAGUCGAUCGACUGCUGGAUUUAUCAUGAGGGAAACCUACACAGCGUAACUAACAUCUACAUAGGGGUUCUGCAAUAUGGACAAGAGCACUGUGCAACUCACUGUUGUGGCUGAUGAAAUACUUCAAAAGACCUUAACCUCAUCCACCAGCUGUCUCUGAACUAUGCGGUAAUAAUUUAGGGAGAACAUGUUAAGUUUUAUUGUAUGGUGUAGGGCAAAUGUCUUCGAACACAUCUCUUGGUGCCCCAGCUGCAACCAUAAUGUAACAUUUUUAAGCUCUUUCCUGACUAUUGAAGCGAAAGGAUGACAGUGGGGAAAAGAGGUGGGUUCAAAUCUGCCCUACAACACCAUGUCGACGCCGCUGCAUUAUUGUUUUCAAUGUAUGGAUUUGCUGACGACUCCUGAGAAUGUUUGUUCUAGUUGAAUAAUUUUCUAAACUGUAUUUCUUAUUACUGUGGAUUCAAAUCUGGUUUGGAUUUUUUUUGUUAAUAUAAGAAAUGCUUUGCCAUAAUCUAUAGCCCUAUGCGGACAGGAUAAAUUUUACUGGGUGAGCUCAGUUAAUGUAAUGUGCACAAAUCACCACAUCCAUAGAUUUUCCCAUCCAAAUCUGCCAUUUCUUAAAUUAUCCCAUCCAAGGUUUUGGCUAGCUCCCAGGUCCUCUGAUAACUUAUCCUGUCAUCCCUGUGUUGAGGGAUAUUAGAGUAACAGGUGCUGCACCCAGUUUGGGAAAGAAUAUGAACCAAUCGCUGCUUAAAAAUAUGCUUUGGAUGUAACUUACAGAUGAAUGAACUUUUGUCACAUCAACUGUCUUAGUGCCAUACUUCUUUUAAAAGAUGAAGUGGAAAAUAUUGUGCCAAUGAAUUGAUAAAUAUGUUACUGAUCAUGGUUCUUGACUUUCUAUACACUGAAAGCCAUUAGGUCAAUAUUAGGCUAUCCCGAGACGUGGGAAGGCCUCCAGGCUUCCAUCAUGAGGAAGGGAAAAAAAAGAAUUAGGGGCAGUUUAGAAAAACGGACAAGCUGGAUACUAAUUACAUAUCCAACGUUCUAUAGUAAUACUAGUCCUGUGCGGGUAGGGCUUAUGAACCAUUGUGUGAUGUUUUCUGAAUGAAUUGAAGCUGAAAUGGGUGGCAUAUAGUUCACAUCAGUAAUGAUCAUUCACAAAUGCUUGUUUGUUAUAUAUACUGCUCAAAAAAAUAAAGGGAACACUUAA